GAUGAAUUUUCCGUUCCUGAUCUAUGCUCGAGCCACAACUUUAUAUGCAACCAAUUACUAGCGGCAGCAAAUUGAGUAAUUCGGCUACUUGUCCUGGGUCACUCUUCACCUGUGAUCUACAGUGUGAGGGCACGUGCAAGUGUACUGGCUUUAUUCAUGGAGCUGUUGGCGCACCAGUUCCGCCGCACAUGCCGGCACAGCUACAUCCGUCAUUCUUGAUGUACACAAGUACGACAAACUACCAGCGGCAAAACAUCUGUCCAGGCCUACACAGUUGCUCCUCCAAUGCGUCAUCUCCGGGAUAUGCAACAUCUUCAACCAGUUGCUACGCUGGUUUGUACGGCUACACUGAAUCUGCACUCAGUAGUUCUAUGCCACCAGUCCAUGUGCUAGGAAUGUCGGCUGUGAGAGUUCCUCAUGGUCCUACCAACUUUCAUGCACCCAUAGUCCAUCAACGUGAACGCGAUACCUUCCAUGGUUUGUCACACAGUCGAAGUGCUCAGGAUGCCAGCAGCUUCCUAUAUCAGCCACUUUCUCCGGUCCCCACCGGACAGCACUCUUCUAGCAGGUUCGGAACUCAUCUCACACCGAAUCCACUCCCCUUGCAUCCGACCGUCUCGGGAGUCAAUGCGUACAGCUCCAGUGGCUCAGCUGCUUAUCCUUCAUAUCCAUCGCCUAUUCCCGGUUAUGCACAGCCAAAUAUGUCACCUUCAAUUCAGAAAUCCAGCCGCGUUGCACCAACCCCACCCUCCUCGCUCAGGCUGAGCACUAACACUAGCCCUUCGGGUCCGAGUCCUUCGGCAACAUCGCAUUCAGCGCGAAAGGCAUUUAUCCCAAACAGCACUUCUUGGGGCUGUACGGAAGUAUGGCCUCAGGGCUUUACACAAAAUCCUCCUCCGGUUACAUGUACCAACCAUUUUACCCCAGCAUCACCGGCUACUUCAUGCAAUUGUACUAAAAUUAGUCCUGGAGAUGGUGGGGGGCCACAUUCACUUCUGCAACCUUCGAGCUCCGAACCGUACAAAAGGUCGCCAGAUCUACCCGAUUCACCUGUCCAAGGUUCGCUGACCCCAACACAUUCUGAAUUGAAGGGCUCUCCUCUGAAUGUGCAAUCUGUUGAUACUCCGGCCCGACGCGCUUCUGGACCUUUACCUCCUCCGUUACCACCCCGUUCGAACUCGCGCAACCAAUUGGGUCCUCAAUGUGGUGUUAUUUCACGCCCUGGCUUGUGCACCUCUGUGACGACGAGUGAAACAUUGGCGAACAACAGUCCCACCACCUUGAUCGAUUGUAUGGCACGUACAUCAACGUCCAUUAAAGAUUCCAUAAGUCGUCCACAUUCAUUGACAACCUCUGCUUCUCGACCUUCGGGGCGGUCAAGAUGUAUGUCCAGACCAUCCAAUGGUGUGGUAGACAAAUGUGUUGAAAGUGGGUCGGAAGCAUUUCGCUAUAGCCCAACCAAUGCAAGGCGUGGUCAACCAAUGGAAGGGGCAGUUGCACUGAUUCCAGCACCUAAACUGCCUCCAAGAGUAUCUUCAAACUCUCCGAGUAGAAUGCCGAAGGACCUUGCAGUUACUACGGUGUCUCAGGCUGAAGCAAGUGGGGCGAGUGAGUCAAACAUUGGGACUGAAAAGUCUGAAAACUCUGAACCGAAGUUAUCAAUCAGUCCGAAUUCACCGGUGCCCCCAGAAGUCACUAAGCCCGCAUUAAACGAAACCUCCGAACAGAUGAACUGUGGAGAGCAGGAUCAGCUAAUAGCAAGUGCCAACCAGGCAGGGACUACACCUUUACCCCCAUACCAGUCAGGCAUCACAGGUAUUCGACCAAUUAACCCGGCAGUCUAUCGCCGCUUUAUGGAACAACGCAUGGAAGACGCAGGCCGAAUUCAACGAGAGCGUAAGGAACGUCGACAGCGUUUGGAGACCGAAAUGGCUAAAGUUGGCCUGGAUGAAACAGCCCGUGCGCAAAUGCGCUGUUUGUUACGGAAGAAAGAGUCGAACUACAUGCGUAUGCAACGUGCCAAAAUGGAUCAGUCCAUGUUCCAGCGCAUUAAAAAUCUGGGUGUUGGGGCGUUCGGCAAAGUCUGGCUUGUUCGAAAACAAGAUAACAGACAGCUGUACGCAAUGAAAUUGCUCAACAAAAGGGAUGUGGUUGAACGUCGUCAACUGGCUCACGUACGCGCUGAACGGGAUAUCCUCGCUGAGGCAGACAAUGAAUGGGUUGUGAAAUUGUUCUUCUCUUUCCAGGAUUCUGAAGCCCUAUAUUUAGUCAUGGAAUACAUUCCGGGUGGUGACAUGAUGUCCCUGUUGAUAAAGAAGGGUAUUUUCGAAGAACCACUGGCCCGUUUCUACAUUGCCGAGCUGACUUUGGCACUUGAAAGUGUACAUGGAAUGGGAUUCGUUCAUCGUGACAUAAAGCCGGACAAUAUCCUCAUCACACGAGAUGGACACAUCAAACUGACAGACUUUGGAUUGUGUACUGGAUUUCGAUGGACACAUAGCUCAAAAUACUGGGAUAUGGAUUUUGGCAUUCCAUCAACCACACAAUCGCACCGCGCGAGGGAUAAACUGGGUACCGACACCAGCAAAAUACAAAACCCAUCCGGUGCAUACAGGCAGUCUGGAGCUCAUCUGCCGGGGAAUCGCCAUCAAGCUGGUGAGGCAAAUGACGAGAGCGACGAGGCACAAAAUGAAGAUGGGGCAGCGGAACGCGGAGAAAGACUUGGAAAGUUGUUCAGAGGGCCUGCCGCGCGACGGUUUUCAGCAAACGUAGUCAGAUGUAAGCAACGAACCCUUGAUCGGAUUCGAAGUAAUACUCCCAAUCGCCGCUGUGCUCAGUCGCUGGUUGGUACUCCAAACUAUAUUGCACCGGAAAUUUUACGAAGACAAGAUUAUGGGCAGUCAUGUGACUGGUGGUCUGUUGGUGUUAUUCUAUACGAGAUGUUGGUUGGGCAACCUCCAUUUUUGGCUCAGACUGCCACCGAUACACAGAUUCGCGUGAUCCACUGGUACAAAUAUCUAACAAUCCCUGGGGAACCUCGGUUACGACCGGAGGCCAGUUCGCUGAUUCGACAGCUGUUGCGUGACCCGGCAGACCGACUGGCUGAUCCGACGGCGAUCAAGGCGCAUCCUUUCUUCGCCCCAAUCUUAUGGGACACAAUAACCUCACAGAAGGCCCCAUAUAUACCAACGAUCAAGGAUGAACUGGACACCUCAAACUUCGAUGCUGUAGAAGACGACCGACCGCAAAUUAGUAACGAGAAUCGUGUGAACAAUGGCUCGGGUCCAUUCAGCACACCACCACCUUUUCCAAACUUCACUUUUAAACGAUUCUUUGAUCGCGAUCCCACAUCUUUGCAGACACCUUGACUCACACAGCCAUAUUCUGAAAAAAAAACUCGAAGCACCUUUAAACACCAACUGUCUUUCUGUGCACGCAGACUUUUUCAUAUCGCAUUCAUGAAAGGAGACUUGCUAUAGGCCUCCUUAGCCGUCCACAUUCACUUACGUCAUUUGUAGUCUGUUUCGUUCUUAGAACCACUAUCUCUCAAUCUAGUAAAAAUUUCCCGGUGCGUAUGUGUGGUUGUAUGUGUUCAUAUAUUAUCGUUGAUGACGCUAUGCGCACCAGAAUGGGUUUCUCUUUGAUUCCAUUCGUAUGAUGAACCGUUCUCAGCCGGUUGCUGUGUUCGUGCAAAGCGCGUGAAGUUUACGUCGUGUGUGACAAACCUCACUCCUGGUGAGCUGCCUCUUCGUAGCUGGAUUGACAGCAGAAACGAAACGUUCACCACUGAACUCACAUUGUACAGAUGAAUUGUUCGACUAGGUGAAAA